AUCCUCAACGGAAACAAUGGCCACGGCUUCCAUCCACGGCUGCUGCCUCACCUCAUCCACCGCCACCUCUCUUGCUCAACCUUAUAAUAGUGUCCGGCAACCCACAUUGCGACGGGCCUCCAUAACUUCUACCCUCGACUCUUCCACGUCUCCUCCUACCCUCAUCCGAUCACCUGUUUUGCAGCUCCUGCUCAUUUGCUCAACCAUUCCAAUGGGAGAAAAGAGAUGGGAAACAAGACAUACGAGAUGAAGGCGACAUCAUCGGAUAAUGCGGUGCCAUCUGAUUCUUCUGUUGAGCGCAUAAAAGAGGGAUUCAUUUACUUCAAGACUGAAAAAUACGAAAAGAAUCCCGCUUUGUAUGGUGAGCUUGCCAGGGGUCAAAGCCCAAAGUAUAUGAUUGUUGCCUGCUCCGACUCCAGGGUCUGUCCAUCCCAUGUUCUAGACAUGCAACCAGGUGAAGCUUUCGUUGUCCGCAAUGUUGCUAAUAUGGUGCCACCAUUUGAUCAGACUAAAUACGCUGGAACCGGAUCUGCUAUAGAAUACGCAGUUUUGCACCUCAAGGUGAAAGAAAUUAUAAUAAUCGGACACAGUGCCUGCGGUGGGAUCAAGGGGCUGAUGUCGUUCCCAUACGAUGGAACCACUUCAACCGAUUUCAUCGAAGACUGGGUUAAGAUUGGAAUGCCCGCAAGGACGAAGGUUAUAGCACGACACGGCGGGGAGCCUGAGAGAUUUCAAUGCGAGUUUUGUGAGAAGGAAGCAGUGGAUGUGUCAAUAGGGAACUUGCUGUCUUACCCAUUUGUGAGAGCGGGACUGGCGAACGGAACUCUAACGCUAAGAGGCGGUUACUACGAUUUCGUUGAAGGAACUUUUGAUCUCUGGACUCUCGAUUAUAAGUUUGAAUCAUCUCUCUCAGUAUGACCAACUGCUUAAUUUCUUCCUUCACUUCUGCAACUCUUUUUUCACGACUAUGUACUAUGCUUCUUUCUCUGGGAACUACUACUGUUAUAACGGAGAUUAUCGCAGCAGCUUCUUCGAUCUGUGAAAUCCCCUUUGAAAUGAUUAGACUUUUUUUUUCA